AUGGUUAAAAAACCAUCUGAUGGCGAAUAUCGGAAUUAUAAAGGACCGCAGAACGAUUUAGCAGCCAAUCUUUGGAUAUGUUCUAAAAAUCAAAAACUCUGCAUCGCCACCGGCUACAUGGAUGCAGAACAAACAACAAUUCAAUGGGAUAAAACGUCUUCCAAUCCACCUGAAUACUGUAUCUUCCAUCUUAAGGGUUUUGGACCAUACUCAACAGACCUUAAGAUGAUUUCUCAAAGUUCUACAACUCCUCCUGAAAAAUUAGAUUUAAAUGCAAACAAAGUGAUUACUUUCAACUUACCAUGUCCACAGGUCAACAUUUCAUAUGUGUCCUACCCGGAGUUACCUCCAGUUGAUCCAAAUAUGCAGCCAAUUCCUUAUAAUAUCAAUGAUACGAGAGUUUACGAGAUUUCUUCCGAAGAAACAUACAUAAACUUCAUGAUUUCCGACUUUAAGAGCGGAACUGAGUCCAAAGAGGUCAGUUUCAGUAGACAAUUGCGAUCAUACAGUACAUUCUACUACAACUUCAUUAAGAACAUACCAUGUCCAUCCGGAUACGAUUGCUCAGACUACAAACGUGAUAAUGCCACAGUCUGGUGGUGCUGGGAGAACCUUGAUCGUAGAAAAUUAUGUUAUCCAAUUGCAGACAUCAAUUACGGCUUUACUGUCACGUCAUCCGGCCUGUUUAUCAACUCUAGUACCAGUCCUUCAUACGGAAUCUCGUUUAAAUUCAAAUGCGAAGAUAAUCAAAAUUUAAUUUUUGCCAAAACAUUCAUGGUUUCGAGUUUAGGCAAUCCAUUUAACCAGAUAGAAGUCAAGUACAACAUAUUCUGUCCGAAAGACAUCCCAGAAGUCGUUGUUGUGAAGAAAUUCACAGCCGGAGCAGUUUUUAUCAUUGUUGUUUGGUCGUUCAUUGUUUUCGGACUUUGUAUUGGAAUCCUCAUCAACUACGUCAUCAGUACGGAGCUGGAAAUUCCUUUUUCGGAGUUUUUCUCAGCUGUCGGAUACUACAUCAUCGACGGAUGGAACAAAGUCACUUGCGCGCACUCCCAAAACAAUGAAUUCGUGAUAGACGACGUCCAACCAAUCCAACCUGUGUAUUCAAGCAUAUAA